AUGAACUUUUACCCUGCUCCUCCCGAGCACAUUGCAGAGAUCUUCUGCACCAUACCCGAGUCGUUGCGAUGCACUGGACAGCAGACUGACUGGCGCGGUGGCUCCAACCCUGCUUCCCUCUCCAUCUUCCUCGAGGGCCCCACCACGGAUGCGCAGGGCAACCUGUACAUCGUCGAUGUUCCCUUUGGCCGUAUCCUCAAGAUCGACUCCAUCACUAAACGCAUCGAUGUCGAAGCGCAGUGGGAUGGUGAACCCAACGGUCUCGCCAUCACCCACGAUGGGUAUAUGCUCGUCACCGACUACAAGCGCGGUCUGCUGCUCUUCGACCCCAAGACCAAGCAGGUGCUCCCCUACCUGCCCCGCAGGAACCUCGAAUGCUGGAAGGGCAUCAACGAUCUCGUCGUCGACAGCAAGGGCUGCGUCUACUUUACCGAUCAGGGCCAGACGGGCAUGUCGGACCCUACCGGUGCUGCCUACCGUCUUCACCCGGACGGCAAGCUCGACUGCCUCCUCGACAACGGCGUCUCCCCGAACGGAAUCGUCCUCUCCCCCGACGAAAAGUGGCUCUACGUGGCUAUGACGCGUUCCAACGCCGUGUGGAGGAUGCCGGUGCACCCCGAUGGCACCACCACCAAGGCCAACCUCUUUUUCCAGUCGUUUGGCAACAGCGGCCCCGACGGUCUCACCAUCGACGCCGAGGGCAACCUCUUCAUCUGCCACCCUUCGCUCGCCACGGUCUUUGUCGUCGACAAGCACGGUCUUCCCGUCUGCCGCAUCAAGGGCCGUGGAAGCGGUCUGGUGACCAACAUCAUUUUCGGCGGGCCCAAGAACGAUAUCCUCUUCUUCACCGAUUCGCUCAACGGACACGUCUUUUCGUACCAGUGGCACUGCCCCGGUGGCACGCCGACACGUGCUUCCCGAGCCACCACGACUCCAUUCAAGGACGCCGGCCUGUCCGAGCUCUCGGUCGACCAGCCCGCGAGACGCGCAGAGAUCAAGGUUCCCCACGCACAGCCGAUGAAUCGCGAUCUCACUUCGCCCAAGACGAGCUUUGUGCCGCAGUCGGCUACUCAGACCAACGGCCACGCCGCCAACGGCACCACUGCCAACGGUCAUGUCAACGGUCAUUCCAAUGGCCUUGCCAAUGGCUUUGCCAAGGGUAAGCUGCCGUACAAGGUGUACGCUCCGGAUAACUUCCAUCCCGGUGGAAUUGAGCGCGCACGCGAGCUGUUUGAGACGGUCGUUGCCAUGGGCGACGACGGCGUUCACGACUGGCCUCAGCAUGCGGAUGGACUCAUGAGCCGUGCCAUUCCCAUCACGGGCGACCAGAUCCGCUCGGCGAGCAAGCUGCGCGCUAUCUCCAAACAGGGUGUGGGCGUCGACACGCUCGACAUUGAUGCCGCCAAGGAGUGCGGCAUCACGGUGGUCAACACGCCCGGGAUCAACGCCUCGGCCGUCGCCGAGCUUGUCUAUGGUAUGGUCAUCAGUCUCAAGCGCCGAAUCACGGAAGCUGACCGACGAAUGCGCAGUGGUGAACAGCUGAUUGCUACCAAGUGCAUGGGGUCCGGUCUAUCGGGCAAGACGGUCGGCAUUGUCGGCAUGGGCAAUAUUGGCAAGGCGACGGCACGCCUCUUUUUGCUAGCGAGCGAUUGCCAGCUCAUUGCGUAUGAUCCGUUCGCUCCCAAGGACGCAUGGGCAGAUCUCAAGCACACCCGCGUCGCAGACCUCAACGACAUGCUGGCCGACGUCGACGUGCUGUCUCUCCACCUGCCCUUGACGCCCAAAACGCGUGGGCUGAUCAGCAAGGCCGAGAUCGAGCAGAUGCGUACGGGCGCCGUGAUUGUCAACGGUUCGCGCGGGGGGAUUGUCGACGAGGCCGACCUGUUUGACGCUCUCAAGUCCGGCCGGAUUGCUGGUGCGGCCCUGGAUGCGUUGGAGCAUGAGCCUGCUUCCAAGGACCAGUACGGCGAGACGCUCUACACGCUUCCUAAUGUCGUGCUUACUCCUCAUUUGGGUGCGGCGACCAGCGAGGUUCAGGAGCUGUCGGCUAGGGCUGUGGCCGAGCAGUUGGCUCUCGUGCUCAGUGGCGCUCCCGAGUCGCAAUUCAGCAGGAUCGUAUAG